AUGGGGUCCCUCCCUGCGGAGUCUCGACCCUUGUCGUUCGCUGCCUUGAAGGCCAAAAAGGCCCCUCUCAAGAUUGCCACCAAGGUUGUCACUGUCAAUCCAACCACGAAGCCCGCCGCAAGAUCUCUACCAUCUGUACCAUCUGUCUCUUCCUCCAAGCUUGCAGGCCCCCGGAAAACUCUUAGCAACGGACAUUCCCGUACCGCGAGUACGCCUCGAAAGUCAAGCACUCCAGUUUCCGUACAUUCAAGGCAAGGCAGUGGAGAGCCUAUUGAACGGAUAAAAAAAGAAAGACAGAAUAGGACGAAAAGAGCAUCUCCUGCUGUAUCGACGCCGAGGUUGACAAGUUCCGACGACGAGAGUGAAGAGGACGACAACAAGCCUAGAAAGCGAGUCCGCCUCGAUCGCAAAGAGAGCAUAGACGAAAAGCGCAAAGUGAGGGAUCUCAAAGCCUUCUCUCAAGAAGAUGGUAGCGGCUUUCACAUGGUGCACGCCUAUGAUAUUGCGAACAGCACUCUCGUGGAACAUGGCCGAGACAAGUACGAAGCAUUCUUCACAGCCUUGGAAGGGGAUGAGGAUGAAUGCCCCACGAUCGAGCUUCAAUACCCGACUUCCCUGCAGAGUGAGAAAUACCAGUUGGUCAAGCCUACGGACACUUCUGAUUUCAAACCCCUUGAUGAAAUCGAGGCAACCAUGAAAAUCGUAGCGGAAUACUACCUCGACAGUCAGUCCGCAGAAAAAGUCACCAGCGACGACGGCUCAGGCCUUGUGCAACAGCUGCACCGCCAGGCCUUGCUUGGAAUGAGAGGGCGCGUCGGAGCUCAGUCGAAAUACGUCAACGUGGUGGAGAAAUUCAACGCGCUGGUGGCCGACAAGCGCAAGGACGGAACGAUCGCAAAGAAACUGGAUCAGAUGCGCCGCGUCGAUCUCAGGUUGGUGGAGCAUAUCAUCAAAAAUCAAAUCUACGCUCGGACAGUGUCGCCACAGGUCAAUCUGGUGAGGCACUACGAAAGCUUCUCCGACAAUGUCUAUGGCGAACUAUUACCCAAAUUUCUCAGCCGCAUAUUCAAGGAGACAAAUCUCAAGUCCGACCAGGUAUUUAUCGAUCUCGGGUCCGGCGUCGGUAAUUGUGUCCUCCAAGCCGCGCUGGAGACCGGGGCCGAGUCAUGGGGCUGCGAAGUCAUGGAUAAUCCUAAUACAUUGGCCCAGUUGCAGGCCGACGAAUUCCCAGCCCGAUGCCGGCUCUGGGGCAUCAAACCGGGUGAAGUCCACCUCAUCCACGGCAACUUCCUGACCAACGAACAAGUCCGGCAAGUCCUCAAACGAGCCGAUGUCAUUCUCGUCAACAACCAAGCCUUCACUGCCGAGUUGAACGACAAGCUCAAAUACGUCUUCCUCGACUUGAAAGAAGGAUGCCACAUCGUCAGCCUGAAACCCUUCCGGUCCCCCGCGCACAAGAUCAAGGAUUCAAACGUGAACGAUCCCGUCAAUGUGUUGACGGUCGUGGAGAAGGAGAGGUGGAGCUCCAUGGUCAGCUGGACGGAUGAUCCGGGAAAAUGGUAUCACCACCGCAAAGACUCCAGGGAGCUCAACGCAUUUGUUAAGAGUAUGGGUGGGCUCGAAAACUGUUAG